AUGGGAGCAUCUUCCUCUGGCUUGUUGGAUGAGGCUAAAAUCAGCAACAUCAAAGGGCUUGUUGACAGCACGUUCCAGAGCUUCAGUGAGUUUUACAGACUGCAAUAUUCUGCAAGCUACAUUGGACAUGUACACCAGGAGGUGGAGCCUAAGAAAGAGGGGAGGAGCCUAUUGCUCACAAAACGGCCACAGUAUAAUCCAGAGGAGGUGCUGUACCAAGGCAGUGUGAAGUUCUCUUGCUGGCAUGAGCAGGGAAAGAAAUGCAAAGAGAGAUACGUCGUCCUGAGGAGAGACUACAAAGUGGAAAUACAUGAAAACCUGGAGACUCUGAGUCGUGGAUGUCCGGCCAAGUUGGUGCUGCAGCCGGUCGGGGCCAGCGUGUUCUCCUCAGAGAAGGAGUCCAGAGCUCACCUGGAGCACACCUGUGCAGGAAUCCUCAACGGAGUGAAGGAGGACUCUUCCUCGGCCUCUUCUUCCUCUGUGCUCGCUGUGUAUCUGCACCUGCCUUACAUGGGCCACAGCUGCUUCCUGUUCCAACAAGAGAAGGAGCGAGAUGACUUUCUGUCUGCCCUCAAGACCUGCAUCAGGCACGGCAACCUGGAGCCGUGGUGUGAUUGGUCCUAUGAGAGCGAGGCGUACGUCCACGCCCUCCGACUCUACCGGCAGCACAAAGGAAGCUAUGAAUCCUGGGAAAAGCUUCUGGGGACUCAGGAACAAGUGCUAGCCGCCCAGGUGAUGGAGGAGGUGUUGCCAUGGUUACAGAGUCAGCUUCAGUCCAGACUUAAGGGCAAGAAGAGUGAAAGGAUCCAGCAGUGGCUGGCAACGGUGCAGGCGAGCUACAGCGUGGUGCUGCAGCAGCUCACUGAGAGUCUUUCGGCUCUGAGAGAAGAGUGUCGUCAGACAGUAUCAGCCAAUCAGGCGCUGAUCAGAUCCAACCUGGACCAGAUCAUGUCCUCUCAACACUUCCUGGAGGAGAAAGUCAAAGGUUGUAUCUGUGAGGAAGCAGAGAGAGAGUGCAGUGUGUCAGUAGCUCCCUUCAUGUCCUCCAUCCUGGAGGCUCUGACAGAAACCAUCGGAGGAGGAACCCAGAGCAUGAGACACACACUGCACACACACAUGGACAAGGCCUUCACACACUCAGGAGGAGGAACCGAGGAGGUGCAGAAGGCUCUGUCUCCUCUCAGCUCCAUCAGUCUGGAUCAGAGCUACAGGCAGGUGGAGAACCUGACGGAGAAGCUGGAGGGUUUAAAGCAGCGGUUUGGAUGGAGCAGCACCCAGAGACUGGUUCAGUCUGCUCACCUGGAGAUGGAGAAGCUGCUGGACAGUGCUGUGUACACCUUGGAGCUGUUCCUCAAGUCCUCAGCCAGACUGCAGCCGUCUCUGGUUCCUGUGAAGAUGGAACGAGCUAAAGAAAGAGUCCUGAAGCAGCUGGACUAUGACAGCAGGCUGGUCCAGAGGAGACUCUACCUGGAGGCUCUGCUGGAGAUCACUCUGCCGGCUCUCACCAAGAAGAUGGACACCAAGUGGGAGAAUGAGCUGCAGCAGUUCGAGCAGUACAUUUUCUCUGACUACAGCAGUUUUAUCCUGGUUCGUAACGUCUACGAUGAUGUUCUGAGAAACAUCGUCAGUAAGGAGAUAGAGACAGUGGUCCAGAAUGCAGCCAAUCAGAAGAGCAGCAGGCUCCUGAUUGACACGUCAGACCUGGCCAUCAGCCAGUACAGCCUGCUGGGACACACGCCUCCUCGCUCUGCUCCCGACAGCCCCACCACCACCACCGCUCCUCCUCACGCCUCCUCCUCCUCCUCCUCCUCCUCCUCCUCAGCUCCUGGUGAGGCUAAAGAAGCUGCUCCUCCUGUGGAGGAGGAAGGAGGUCACACAGUCACCAUUGAAGUUCCCCCUCAGAGUGACAAUCAGAGUGAUCUUAUUGCCAAAUCUGAGCCGAGUACCACUCAGAGCACCGUGCCUCUGUCUCCUGUCAUCGUUAUAACUCAACAGGUAGAUGAAGCUGGACGCCAGCAGCCUCCUUCCUGCCAGGAAACACAACAAGAAGUCCAGCCUGGAAAUGACAUACGCUCAACCACAGAGUCUGAGCCUUCAGACCCAGCCACGCCUCACUCUGAAGCAGCAGAUCUACCUGCAGAGUCCACUAAUCCUCCCCCAGACUCCUCUGAUCUGUCCACAGAUGUUACAGCUGAAUGUGCCCCAAGUGAUCAAUCUGCACCACCCAGUGACCUCUCCACCUCUGAAGAAGUAACAGAAGACCCCAUACCUGUCCUGGAGCCCCGCCCCUCACCUCCUUGCACAGAUAGUCCAGUGCAGAUCAGCCUGGGGACCCUCAGCGAGGCUGUUGGUUGUAGUUCUGCAGCUCCUCCUGUAGUCCAGACCACCAUGCAGCAGCCCACCGACAGAGCUGUGUACCUGACGGGAGAAAUAAAACACACCUGGGAGGUGGAGAGGGUGAAAGAACAACAGAAAGAGGAAGAAGAGAGAAUCAAAGACGCACCUGAAGAGAUAGUGGCAGGACAAGAGAAAGAGGAGGAGGAGGAGAUAGAGGAGGAAGGAGGUAAAUCUAAAGGUGUGGCCCAGUCAGGAGGUGAGCCUGGUGAUGAAGGUUGCAGCUCCUCUGGAUCACCAGCAGGAGGCGCCACAGAGCCCAGCGAGACAGAGGAGGAGGUGCAAGAUGAGGAGAAAGGUGGUGAGGUUGAGACUGAGAUACUCAGCGAUGAGGAGGAAGCAGAGGAGGAAGAUUGUGGAGUAAAAGAAGACAAAGCAAAAGAGGAGGAGGGUCUCCGAAGCCCUCGGCCAAUAGAAUCACAGGAGGAGAGCGAUGCUGAGCUGCCAUUGGACGGCGUGGCUCUGAUCAGAUCACUAGUGACGGAGGUGACGGAGGUGGAGACAGUAGUCAGGCCCUGUCCCAGCAGCACUGAGGACAAUAACAGUAUAGAAUAGGAACAGAUACUCCAGCCUCUCUUUAAAUGGUACACAGAAUACAGGAGACACAUUAUAUUAUUACUGCAUCAUUUAUACUACUACAUUUUUAAAGAAGACAAAAUUGUGUUUUACAUAAAAGCUACAACUUUUU